AUGUCUAUAUUCUCCGGGCACCACUCCUCCUCGCGACUUCCCCGAAUCCUGAUUGCAGUCCUCGCCAUCCUGACCUUCACACUCCUCCUCAGCUACAGCAGGGUAUCAUCCACUACAUACUCGCUCUUCUGGCCCGAGCCCGAACCAUUGGCUAUCGAGCCCGACGACGACCUGUCGUCUGUGUUCGCCGGUAUAUCAGCCAUGAGCUAUGGCAAUUCACACAGGCCGCCGAUAAAAGGGAUGCCGGAUAAGAUCGUGGCAGAGCUACCCAAGAAGUUCAUACCCAGUCGGGAUGGGCAGACGAGGCGUCUCGUGAUCGUAGGCGACGUCCACGGCCAGAAAUCGGCGCUGGACGACAUCCUGGCAAAGAUCCACUUCGACAAGGCCCAUGACCAUCUGAUCCUCACGGGUGACCUCAUCAACAAAGGCCCAGACUCGGCGGGCGUGGUGGAUUUGGCGAUCGAGCUGGGCGCCCACGCCGUAAGGGGCAACCACGAGGACCGCGUGCUGUCCGUGCUGGCGACCAUGAACGAGGACCCGAAGCCGCAGAAAUCAGCGAUCGAUGCCGUGGACCUCGAGACGAAAGUGUACGACAAGGACCAGGAGGAGAAGCAGGACGAGAACGACCAGGGCAAGGACCCCAAGGCCGCCAAGGAGGAGUACCUGGCCCACGAGGCCCUGCUUGACCGCGGCGACAAGCCCGAGUUCCAGACCGCGCGCUCGCUGUCCAAGCGCCAGAUCCAGUGGCUGUCGCAGCUCCCCGUGAUCCUCAAGGUCGGCCGUAUCCCCUCGGACAAGGGCCUGCCGCCCACUUUCGAGAACAUGGUCGUCGUCCACGGCGGGCUCGUGCCCAACGUGUCCCUGGCCGACCAGGACCCGCAGGCCGUCAUGUCGAUGCGCUCGCUCGUGUACCCCGUGGACGAGCUGAGGCGGAAGGCGGUGAGAAGAUUCCUUGAGGAUAAGGCCAAUAACCGGAAAGGCAGGGGUAGCAUCGCCGCCGCCCAGCAGAUCGACGAGGAAAUGAUCGACGAGUUCGUGCAGAAGAUCAUGGAGGCGGAAGGCAUGAGCUUCGAGCACGGCGGCGACGAUGUUGCGGUCCCCACUGAAGGCAGGGAGGGCAUCAUGUGGUGGAAGGAGUGGAACCGCUUCCAGCAGCGGCUGGCAAAGACCACGCUGGCUAUGGAGGAGGAAGCAGAGGAGGAGACCCCCCCUGCCGCCGCCGCCGCUCCAGACGCGACCAACGAUGGCCACGAUAGGCCUGCGCCACCAGAGAGCUCGCAGAAGAAGCACAAGAAGGGCAAGAAGGCGCGGGAGCAGACCGACGUCGAGAAGGAGCUGAGCGGACUGACAAUCGUGUACGGGCACGAUGCCAAGAGCGGGCUCAAGGUGCCCGAUACCUACGGCAACGGCAAGGGCCACACGUUCGGCCUAGACUCUGGAUGCGUGUACGGUCGGAAGCUGUCGGCGCUGGUGAUAGAGGCGCGCCCCGAGGGCAUUGUACACGGUAUCACGCAGGUCUCGUGCGCUAAGGGCACAAAGCCAUGA